CACACCGGGAUGCAAAAUCAAAAUCUUUUGUUCUUUGUUGACAUCGGAAGCAUAAAAUUUUUCGUAUUUUCUCACUAGUUGUUGUUCCUUAUCCGACGAAGUAAAUUGCAAAUAUUUUGCGUUCUUCUACUCAAAUUACUGUUUUGCUCCAGUCCAUAUGUGCUUUCUAAAUGUCUGUACUGGUUUCCUUGUGCCUGCUGAAGAUUGAAAUUAUCGACGACGAAAACACCACCAUGAGUAGUACCGCGGAAGAAAAUGCUGCUGCUGGUGGCGGCGGUGCCUCGUCUGUUGAUCAUCCCAUCAAUCCUCGGCUACAGCGGGAUAUGCGUGGCCAGCGGAAACCGAAAAAGAUCUCCAUCGAAAGCUACCGGAAUCGGUUGGAUUCGUCGUCGGCGGAACUGGUCGGUGGCGAUGAGUCGUAUUAUGCCGGAGUCCUACCGAAAGGCUCACGCGAGCAAACACCAAUGGACGAAAUUGGUCCGGUUUCGGCCGUGCAGGAGUUCCCCGGGGAGAUUAACUUUUUCUCCGGCAAUCCGUUCGUAGAGGUCACCAAAGGGAUCCUGCAUCUAUUUAAGCGGAACGAACGCGCCGAUAUUACCGACGGGCCAUCAAAAACGCUGUGUCUGAUCGCGGUGCCAUCGUCACUGAAUUGCCAUGACAUUCUGAAUUUUAUCGCCCCAUGCCACUCGGUGAUACAGCAUGUGCGUAUCUUACGCGACGGUUCGCCCAAUCAGUUCAUGGUCCUGCUGGAGUUCCGUACCGUGGAAGCAGCCGUCGAGUUCUAUCAAACCUUCAACGGCGCUCCGUACAACAGCCUGGAGCCGGAUUCGCUCUGUCAUGCCGUGUGGGUUUCGGCAGUAGAGUGGGGUGACGAUGGGAUCGCCCCGCAAGGUCACACCGAGCUGCCCAUGUGCCCCGUCUGUCUGGAACGGAUGGACGAAAGUGUGGAUGGCGUGCUGACGAUUCUGUGCAACCAUGCUUUUCACGCGGGAUGCCUGAUCAAGUGGGGCGACUCCACCUGCCCGGUCUGCCGGUGCAUCCAAACGCCGGAACUGUCCGAGACUUCCGUGUGCAUGGAGUGCGAGGGGACGGAAGCGCUUUGGAUCUGCUUGAUCUGCGGACACAUUGGAUGUGGUCGGUAUCAGGGUGGACAUGCCGCCUCGCACUAUCGAGCCACAAAUCAUACGUACGCGCUUCAGUUGGGAACCAAUCGCGUUUGGGACUACGCUGGGGAUAACUUUGUGCAUCGACUGUUGCAGAGUAAAUCCGAUGGGAAAUUGGUGGCCACCCAGUCACCAGGCAACGACGGCGAUGAAAAGAUCGACUCGAUGCAGUUGGAAUUUACAUAUCUAUUGACUUCGCAGCUGGAUGCCCAGCGGGAGUAUUACGAGGAGAAACUGAUGCGAGUGGAAGGCAGUAUAGUUGGGGAAAAGCAGAAGCUCAUACAGGAUGCAGAGGAAAUCAAGAAGAAAAAUGUUUCACUGGAGGGUAAAAUUCAGGCGUUGAGCAAGGAGAAAACAAAUCUGGAGAAGAAGAUCAAUCAACUUUCAGCUAAAAUGACAACAGUACUCAAAGAGCUCUCGGAGGAGAAACAAUUCGGCAAGACACUCCAAUCGAAUCAGUCCUCGUGGCAGAGCAAAUUUGCAUCGCUGGAGAAGAAAUGCACCGAGAAAGAACAGGAGGUGACCGAGCUGAGGGAACAGGUUCGCGAUCUGAUGUUCUAUCUGGAAGCCCAGAACAAGAUAGCUAAUUCGGAGCUGAAGGACGAGAUAGCCGGGGCAUCGGUGGAAGUACCCAAAACCGCAAAGCGACGCUCCAAAAAGAAGUAAUCGCUCUUUAGAAAGUAAAGUUACUCUGUAGAAUGUCAGUUAUCAGUGUUAGUAAACGUUUCAAUACUGUGCUUAGGACUCGAACCGAUGACGCUUUUGCAAACGAUAAGCAACUCUUAGGUCAUGGGACUCUCAAAGGCGAACGAUUAUAUUACUAGACCAUCAUUUGAAAGAGGGGUAUAAUUUCAAAUUCGAAAUAUUCAGGCAGCGAAUACUAUGGAUUCUGAAGUAAUAUUUAGUGUGUUGAACUAGCUAUAGCAGAACUUAUCUUUUUUAUCUGUUGUAGGUAUUGCAGAAAUAAAUUAAACCGUUCAUACUAAAUUGUUUGUAUGCUGUUUGUUAUUGACGCAAUAUAUUUAAUAAUUUAUAACGAUUCUUCCUUUAUUACCCAUGGGUAAGUUGAUGCGGAAGUUUAGUAGUUUACACUUACGUUCUUGUACCAUUUCAAAUGUUGGUCUAGGUAUCUUAACUUAUGGCAAGUUGUGAUUGUGAUAUUUCCUAUCGAUAUGAAAAAUAAACUAUUUGCGUGAAUUAA